UUCUAUUUCUUUUAAUACUUAUCCAUUGUAUUUUGCAAUUUGCAUCAACAAAAAGGGGAAAAAAAAAGGAAAAAGGGAAUAUGUGGUAGCGACUUUUGUUGAUCUUCACCGGAAGCCAAAGUUCUCAGUCUCGGUGUUCCCGAGCUACAUCAUCAUUUCAUUUCUCCUCCUUCUUCAUUCUUCACGGGUUUUCAUCCACUGCCAAUUCCAAUCUCCAUUUUCUCAUCUUCUUCCUCUUUCUUUCUUCAUUUUCUUCACAUAAUUGCCUUCUGCCUCGAGACCCUCGACUUCCUGGGCUUUUGAUUCCAGUUUCGAUUCGGAAUUUCGACGGAGCAGACUGAUUUUCGAGGUCCAUCGGCGUUUCAUCUCGAUUUCUAAGCUUUCUCCCGCAUCUCUGUUCCGUUACGAUUAUUGUUUCCCGUGUAAUUUGUUCAUCAAGUUGUUGUCUCAAUUCGUAGCAGGGCGAUUGAUCUGGUUUGUAAUUUGUUUUCUGCGUAACCAAGAGUUUUGUGAUGCUGAAAAUGAAGUUUUUGCUCGCGUUUUUGUGUUCUUCUCAUGCUUCUCCUUCCAAAUCGUGCAAUUAGUUCUUCUUCUCCUGCUCUUGUACGGACAAAACCUCUCUUUAUUUCAGCGAAGUCCACUGGCGCGAAUCUGAUUCAUCUCCAGAGAUUAGUUCUGUCGCCGAUUACUCAAUUUUAGGGUUUCUAAGAACACGGUCUCGAAAUUUCGGUUCUGGAGUUGGUUUUCUCAUGAGAAUUAGGAUCGUUAACGCACCUGGAAGUGGAAUUGGAACUAAAUCGGUUCGAUAUCAAGCUGUAGAAUGAAUUAUUUAUUCCAAGUGUUGAAAAGUGUAGAGGAUCUCUUGGUUUUUGGAAAUUGAGUAGCAAUCAACUUGGAGGAGACCGGAAGACAGAGGUGUUUGGAAUCGGCCUCUGUAAAAGCAGAGCAAGCAUGCAAUCACAACUCGAGUUGAAGUAGUUUCUUUCAAAAACCAAAUUCGUUGAGAUCGGAAGACAGAGGUGUUUGGCUCCAUUGUUCAUCACUGCAGCUCACUGGCGGAGGUCUCUCUUCUGACAACAUGAAUUCUGCAGUCUAUGAAUCAACUGCGUCUCCUGACCGACAUUCUUCGGCCAAUAUCCAAUUGAAAGAGGACAAUUUUUCAACUGUGAAGGAAUUUUCUCCCAAGAUAAGGAAGCCCUAUACAAUUACAAAGCAAAGAGAAAGGUGGAAGGAGGAAGAGCAUCAAAAGUUUAUUGAAGCAUUGAAGCUAUAUGGUCGUGAUUGGAGACAAAUAGAAGAGCAUGUGGGCACCAAGACUGCAGUUCAGAUUCGUAGCCAUGCCCAAAAGUUCUUCUCCAAGGUCACGCGGAAUUCAAAUGGGUGUAGCACAAAUUUAGUGGGAUGCAUCGAGAUUCCUCCUCCGCGUCCGAAACGAAAACCAGCGCAUCCAUAUCCACGUAAAGAAGUACCUCAGGCUCAUAAAGCAGUCCCCAUUUUGGAACAGACAAGGUCUUUGUCUCCGCAGUUUUCAGACAAAGAAUGUCCAUCUCCAACAUCAACAAUAGCAGCAGCAAGCGGUUCGGAUACGCUCGUUUUUGCGAACUCGAGAAUUCUUCAUGACAGUGCAUCUCCAGAUUCAUCUAUUCCAUCGACAGAACCGAACUCAUCUUUAUUGGACAAUGAAUCUCCAACACCACCAGCCCCAGGGACAUCAAAUUCAAUCCCCCAUGAGAGAUUUUCAAAGAAUCUAGAGUUGUUUCCAACGGAUGAUGUACAUGAUAAAGACGUCUCUACAAAAGAAGUGUCAAUCCAGAGUCUUAAGCUCUUUGGAAGGACAGUUUUAGUAACAGAUCCCCACAAACAAACCCCAACCGCGGAGAUCCGUGCAUCUGAGGCUGACCGUAAACCGCGCGAAAAAUAUAAGCAAACAUCACCAUGGAACUCCAUGGUCAUGGAGUCUUCUAUGGGGAAUACAGAGGGCACCUGGAAUCAUGGAGCUUUCUAUUUCAUACAACUCAACAGCGGAAACUCGAAUCAAGUAGCAGCUGGUUCUGCAGUCCCGGUAUCGUGGUGGGCUUCUUAUGGCGGUAGCCCAUUUUCUUUUGUGCACUAUGUCAAGCAAGCAGAUGCAAAUUUGAAUCCGGAAGUUGAUGACAAGGAAACUCACAAGGACGAAUCAUGGUGCGGAUCGAACACGGGAUCGGUAAACAGCAGGGAGAACGAUAUCCCGUUUUCCAACAGAGAUGGAGAUUCAGUUUGUAAAGAUGAAUUGAUUGGGAAAGCAUUGUCUUGUGAGCUAAUAAGUAGCCAUGAAAAGAAUACCAAAGGGUUUGUGCCUUACAAAAGAUGCAUGAGAGAGAGAGGUACAAAGUCCAACAUAAUCACAGAUGCAGAGAGGGAGGAGAAGAGGAUCAGGCUUUGCUUAUAGAUUCAAGAAUUGAAUUCUGUACAGGCUUUGGCUUGGUAAGAUUUUGGUAUUUUUUAGUUUUUAAUUAACAAUGUCAUUUUCAUAAGUUGCAUUUCUUAGUUCUUUAUAAUCGUGUCUCUUCUUGUUUACCAAAAUAAUUGUAUCAGUUUUUGUAACUGUAAAUUCCCCACUUAUUUGUGUAAAACCUCUGCGUGGAAACUGAACAUUCGACUUCCUUGAAAAGAGAUUAAUUGUUCCUUC